AUGGCUGAUCAACGUAAUGACGAAGAUGGGCACCAUAGUCAAAAUGAAGAUGAAGAGCCCUUAUUUGCCGAAGAUAGUAUGGAUAUCUCAGACCAAAUUGGGAGAGCCUUAGAAAAGUACACUUCUAUUUUACUCAAACGGUUGAAUGCUACAUUAGAAGGAGCAGUGAAUGAUCACAUUGCUCAAAUGAUCAAAGAAGAAGUUGCAAUCAAUGUGCAACCGGUGUUUGAAAAGGGGGAUGCUAAGGAUAAAGGCAAGAAAAUUGAAGAUGAAAUAGAGGUUGAGGUGACGGGGGAAAGGAUCUAUAAAAAGAAGUUCACUUUCCGAGAUUUUGAAGUGUGCCACCCACCGGAGUAUCACGGUGAUCGUGAUCCUAUCGUGUGUACACGGUGGAUAUCGGAAAUCGAAGGGGUGUUCCGCACAAGUCAAUGCCCCUCACACUUGAAGGUGAUCUUUGCGGUUGGUAUGCUAAGAAAUAGUGGGAAGAGAUGGUGGGAUGGUUUGUUAGCGAUUAAGAAGGGGGCACUAGAUGAUGUUGAAUGGCCCGAAUUCAAAGAAAUGUUUUUCAAAGAGUUUCGGUCGGAGGCCGAGGUAACCAAGUUGAGGAGUGAAUUCCUCAAUGAUUGUCAAGGUAGCAUGAGCGUAAAUGAAUUCCGGGCUCAAUUCUUGGACAAGGCACAAUUUUGUCCGAAAUUUCUAGAAAAUGAUCAAUUGCUCAAGGAGCAAUUUUACUUGAAGUUGAAGAAGAGUUUGCGGGAGAAGAUUAGUUUACGCCAAAUGGAGUCUUUCUCCAUGUUGGCGGAUGUGGCUAGAGAUCACGAAAUUGAGAUGGCAAGGGUGGAUGAUAAUGAAUUAAAAAGGAAGCAUGAAGACGUGAGUUUUCCAAACAAGAGGCCCAGACAAGAAGGGAAUUCCGGAAACCACUCUAAUAAAAGAGUUCCAUUUUGCCGCCAAUGCAAUAUAAAUCAUUCGGGAGUAUGUAGGGCGGUGGAGAAAGGUUGUUACACUUGUGGGAAGCCGGGGCAUACUAGCCGGGAAUGUAGGUCCAAACCUCACAAGCCCGUUGUUUGUUUCAAAUGCUUUGAAGAGGGUCAUAUGCGAAGUUCAUGCCCUAAGUUGACCGAAGAAGAAAGACUGGAAGAAAGGAAGAAAGAGGCGGAGAGGAGAAAUACUCAAGCUCAUGGAAACCCGCAUGGAAGAUCGUUUCAACUCACUGUGGAGCAAGCAAGAGACGCGGAUGAUGUUGUCACAGGUACAUUCCUUGUAUAUAAUGUGCCCAUGCGAAUUCUCUUUGAUUCAGGGGCAAAUAGAUCAUUUGUUGCAGCUAGAGUAAUUCAUAAUAUUCCCGUGUCUAAAUCAUAUUUAGAAAAUACUUUGAAAGUUGAGGUUGGUAAUGGUAGGAUGGAAUUAGUGAAGGAUGUGUAUAAAGGGUGUGAAAUCAAAAUCUCUUCAGAACUCUUCCAAGCUAAUCUAAUUCCUUUUCCAAUGGGAGAGUUUGACAUAAUCUUGAGGAUGGAUUGGUUGAGCUCUUGUAACGCUAAAAUCGCAUGUGACGAGAAAGCGGUAUAUUUGAAGACCUCUAAGGGCGAAGACUUAGUAGUUUAUGGUGAUAGGAAAGAACGUUCUAUACCCGUGUGCACUUUUGCUCGUGCCAAACGUUACAUAUCCCAUGGAUGUCAUGCUUAUCUUGCUCACAUCGUUGAUGUUGAGAAGAAACCCCUUUCUAUCGAAGACAUCCCCAUUGUUAAAGAGUUCGUCGAUGUUUUUCCUGAAGACUUGUCGGGUAUUCCUCCCGAACGGCAAGUUGAAUUCUCCAUUGAUCUCAUGCCGGGGGCUAACCCCAUUGCUAAAGCUCCUUACCAUUUGGCUCAUACGGAAAUGCAAGAAUUGAUGAAGCAACUCCAAGAGUUACUUGAUAAGGGUUUCAUUCGACCUAGUAACUCUCCUUGGGGUGCACCGGUACUUUUUGUCAAAAAGAAGGAUGGUAGCAUGCGGAUGUGUAUCGAUUAUCGUGAACUCAACAAAGUCACCGUAAAGAACAAAUAUCCCUUGCCUAGAAUUGACAAUCUAUUUAAUCAACUUCAAGGAGCUUCAUAUUUUUCUAAAAUAGAUCUUCGUUCGGGUUAUCAUCAACUCAAAGUACGUGAUGAAGAUAUUCUAAAAACCUCCUUCCGGACUCGUUAUGGUCACUUUGAAUUCGUUGUCAUGCCUUUUGGCCUCACGAAUGCUCCCGCGGCAUUCAUGGAUCUUAUGAACCGUGUUUGUCGUCCUAUGCUCGAUAAGUCCGUGAUCGUUUUCAUUGAUGAUAUUCUCAUUUACUCUAAAAGUUCCUUCGACCAUGAAGCUCAUUUAAGGGAAGUGUUGGAAAUUCUACGUAAGGAGAAACUCUAUGCCAAAUUCUCCAAAUGUGAGUUUUGGCUAAGGGAGGUGCAAUUUCUUGGCCACGUUGUUAAUAGUGAAGGAAUCAUGGUGGAUCCGGCUAAGAUUAGUGCGGUGAUGAAGUAA